CGACUGAGUAACGACGACAAGCGACAGCCGGAAACAUGAGCGAGUCGAACAAGGCCUCUGCUGGCACCUCCAGUGCAAGCAUCCCCAUGGUGAUUCCAAAGCAAGGACCAGUGUAUUCACAACCAAACGUCAAAGCACCGGUCAUGUGCAAGCCAAAGAUCAUGACACUCAAGUCUGCGGCGCUGCUGAAACAGGAGGAGACGGCCAAGCAGGCGCAACAAGGCCGCCCAACGACGGGCGCACCCGCAGCAGAAGAAGAACAGCACGAACAGCAUCACGAGUACGGCUACGCAUAGCCGCAACCGCAGCGCCGAAAACAGGGGAACCAUGAUUUGUUGUUGACGUGGCCGCCCCUGAUGCAUGCGUUCGCUGUGGCUUGCUUGCUUGGUGGUGUUGUUUGGUUGUUUACUUGGCACGCAGCCACGACCGGGCACUUGCUGCCAUUGCCGUGACGGUUUUUGAGGACAAACCCGAAGUGGGGUGAGGUGAGGGGUUAACGAAACGUGCAGCAUCAUUUUGGUGUGCGCUGCCUGUUUGCAGUUCACUGCUUCUGGAACAAGUAAGUGGGGUUGCGCAUUGCCUGAGGAUAAUAAAUGAACCACAUAAAGACACAAAGCAAG